AUGUCAGAGUCCAAUGUGGAACUGGACGCGGAAAAGGGCUCUCUUGACAGCGGUUCCAUCUCACGCAAUGCUUCAAUCCCACAGGCCGCCGGAGAAGACUCCAGGUCUCUAACGACUGAGCAAGGUGUAGGAGCACCAAAACCCCAAGAGCCGACAGAUAAACAGCCACCAAUCGAUCAUGGAAGCGUCGCUUGGCUGCAAUGCUUGGGCGCCUUUUGUAUCUUCUUCUGUUCCUGGGGCAUGAUUGGCGGCUACGGUGCCUUUCAAUCCUUUUACGAAGCAUCAAAACUCCCACACUCGUCUCCCUCGGCCAUCUCAUGGAUUGGAUCACUCCAAGGAACACUCAUGCUCUUCGGAUCCGCACUCGUUGGCCCCCUCUACGAUUGCGGAUACUUCAAACUCUUGCUUCCAGUCGGCUCCAUCUGCACAGUUCUGGGCAUGAUGUUGACCUCCAUCUCCACCAAAUACUGGCAUUUCAUCCUAACCCAAGGCGUUCUGAAUGGCAUCGGACUUGCUCUCAUUUUCUUGCCGACAUUGGCAUCUCUCCCGACCUGGUUUGUCAAACGUCGUGCUUUGGCAAUUUCUCUCGCAAGUUCUGGUAGCGGAAUAGGAGGAAUCCUCUUCCCCAUCAUUUUCAACAAUCUUCAGCCGAGAAUUGGUUUCGGCUGGACCGUUCGCACUCUGGCUUUCAUCCUUCUAGCGCUCCUCUUGCUGGCCAAUUUGUUUUGGAAACAGCGUACAAAACCCGCUGGACCUCGCAAACUCUUCGAUGCUUCUGCCUGGCGUGAUGGUCCAUAUGUUCUUGUCGCCAUUACUUCCCUGCUGGGAUACGUGGGAAUCUACAUCCCAUUCUUUUACAUGCAAGUGUAUGCUACCAGUGGAGCCGUGAUGGAUGUCAAGGCAUCUAUCAUCCCCUAUCUACUUCCUUUAAUCAACGUCGGCUAUAGCAUCGGCCGAGUCGUCCCAGGUGUCGUAGCCGAUCGCAUUGGUGCCUUCAACACCUUGAUCCCCUGUCUACUGGCGUCUGGGAUUCUGGCUUUUUGCUGGAAUGCAGUGCACAGCGAUGCCGGGCUUAUUGUUUGGUGCAUUCUGUUCGGUUUCAUCAGUGCGCCCUUGGGUAGUCUUGAUCCCGCGACUAUCGUGGGUGUGACGCCAGAUUUGAGCGCUUUGGGGGUGUGGAUGGGUAUGAUGUUUGUUCCGCUGGGAACUGGACUUUUGAUUGGCGCACCGAUUGGAGGCGCCAUUCUUGAUGGUACGGGGGAUUAUCUGUACUUGCAGGUAUUCUGUGGAUGUGCUCUGAUUGGAAGCUCCGUGGCGCUGGCAGCCAGUCGGAUCUUGAAGACGGGGGUUGUGCUCAAGGUCAAAUACUGA